CGCACGUUGCGUCGGUCAGCACAGACACACACAGAGACAUCAUGGCGGACGUGUUGGAUCUUCAUGAAGCGGGAGGCGAGGACUUUCCUAUGGAUGAGGAUGGUGAUGAGAGCAUCCACAAGUUGAAAGAGAAAGCAAAGAAGAGGAAAGGACGAGGCUUUGGCUCAGAGGAAGGAGCCAGAUCCAGAAUCAAAGAGGACUAUGACACUGUGGAACAGGAUGGGGAUGAGCCAGGACCUCAGAGAUCUGUGGAGGGCUGGAUCCUGUUUGUGACAGGUGUACAUGAAGAGGCCACAGAGGAAGACAUCCAUGACAAGUUCUCAGAGUUUGGAGAAAUCAAGAACCUGCAUCUCAACCUUGACCGCAGAACAGGCUACCUCAAGGGGUAUGCUCUUGUGGAGUAUGAGACAUACAAAGAGGCCCAGGCAGCCAUGGAAGGGCUCAACGGUCAGGACAUGAUGGGCCAGCCUAUCAGUGUCGACUGGGGAUUUGUCAGAGGCCCCCCCAAGAACAAGAGGAGGACUGGCGGACGGAGACGCAGCAGAAGUCCAGACAGGAGGCGGCGUUGAGUUUGGCGGUUGCCAUUGGACGGAGGUGUCAGUCACUUUGACAGGCGCUUUAUAAUCUUAUCUUCUCAUACAAAGAUAAAUUCAGAUUUUUUUUUUUUGUACAAUAUUUUUCA